AUGCAGGUUAAAGUCAAGACGCUAACUGGAAGAGACAUCUUGGUUGAUAUCGAGCCUGUCGACAGAAUCAUCCGUAUCAAGGAAAUGAUGGAAGAAAAAGAAGGAAUUACUCCAGCCCAACAGCGAUUGAUUUUCAACGGUUCCCAGCUCGAUGACGACAAAACCGUGCAAGAAUCAGGAAUUCCAGCCGGAGCUUCGUUGCACUUAGUGUUGACUUUGAGAGGAGGCUUCUAG